AUCGAGACUGCAGAAUGGCCAAGACUUCAAUGAUCUUGAUGUUGCAGAGGCCCAACCUUGCAAGCCCGAGGGCGGUUCCCCAGGGCCUGUUCAGCAGUGAAGAGGACAACGUCGACUUUCGCAGAGUGUCAUGGCCAGCUGCAGCUGUCCUCAUAGCAAAGUUCCAAAUCGGCCUCGGGGCUUUGGGUCUCCCCAGCACUUUUCACACCUUGGGAUUCUUUCCCGGCAUAUUUUAUUUCCUCAUCCUAGCUUCUAUCUCAACCAUGGCCGGCUAUCCUUGCAGAAACGCAAGGCAAUAUUACUCACACAUGCACAACAUCGAUGACGCCGUUGAGCUUCUGUUUGGAAAAUAGGCUCGAGAAAUCGCCGGCUUCUUCUACUGCAUUUAUCUCGCCAUGACAGCUGGUGCAGGAAUGCUUACCACGUCCGUUGGUUUCAACGCCCUUUCCGACCAUGGCGCUUGUACCAUAAUCUUUGUGGCUCUCGCUCGCAUUGCUGCCCCCAUCAUUGGAGCUAGAUUCAGAGCAUUGGAAAAAAUUGCUUGGGUCAGUUGGGUCGGCGUGGCUUGUAUCAUAGUGUCCACUUGGAUCACAGCCACUGCUUGUCUGACUCAAAGUCGGCCAGGUGCAGGCCCUUCCACCAGUUCCAUCGACCUUGAUAUCAGAGUCAUUCCCAACACCAGCUUCGCGGAUGCUAUGACUGCCAUUUUGAAUCAGCUGUUCGCCGUCGGAGCAUCUGGUGUCUUCUUUUCCAUAGCAGCCGAGAUCUGGGAACCCGCUAAAUUCACUCGAGCUUUGAUUUGCGGCCAGGCCUUUAUUGUACUAACUUGCAUCGCUAUCGCUAGCAUCGUCUACGGCAAUAUUGGUCAGUACCUCGCUAGCCCAGCACUGGAUCAGCUGGGCCCCUGUUCAAGAAGGUGUCCAACGGUAUUGCCCUGCCAGGUCUGCUGAUUACAGCUGUACUGUACAGUCACUUCGCCACCAAGUACUGCUUUGUCCGAAUCAUUCGCGGCGCAGACCAUCUCCAGCGUAGCAUGCUUAGGCAUUGG